AUGGCGACCGGUAAUGUGAUUCCGGAGAAGUAUGAAACAUUGACACCGAUACUGAAGACUCCUAUCAGUGAUAUAUUUGCGAUUCCACUGUCGCAACAAGGCCGUCCAUGUGGCUUUUUCGAAGCCCAAUUUUUCCGUUGUAUGGAGGCCUACGGCGCAAAACUCGGCCGCAAGUAUUGCGAUCUGGAGCACCGCGACUUCAAAGAAUGUGUUACCAGUGAAAAGCAGUUGAAGAAUGAUAACGAUGGGGUAGAAGGGAAAAAAAAAAUCGAUGAAUGUUCCUCUGUCUGGAUUAAAGAGACUAGAAGAAGCAAGGACAGUAAAUCGGGUAUGGGAUUUAUGGGAAAUAUGUCCACUAGGAACAAGGCGUCAGAGGAAAUCGAAUUCACUCCUGGUCCAUCAUCACCUGGUUCUCUCUUUGGUCAAGAUUGGCAAGAAAGGAGGGCGUAUGUUCAACCCAGCGAUAACAUAGUCAUUAUGCUUGCUGAAAGGGAACGUGGCUAUGCACGUAACGGUGUACGGCAUGUUCGCAACCGACGUGAGUUUUAUUCGACUGUAGCUAUGGAUCGUGUAGUAGAGGUGCCGGAGGCUCGUCACUUGCAAGAUCAUGUGGUUUCAUGGACACCUGAUGGAUCGAGGCUCAUCACAUUUCGUGUAAAUCUACGUUCCAUUCGAAUAUUUCGUUAUCUGGGCGUCGAAAGCGCUCGUUCAAGUUCUGCCGAAGAUAUCUGCGGGCGGUUAUUCGAAUUAGAAUCCGAGGUGACCAUGAUGAUGGGAACCUCUCGUUUGGAAAGUGCUUCUUUGCGGACAGAUUGCAUGCUUUUCACGGAUGAUGGAAAUUACAUGAUCGUUGCAACAACAGCCCCGGCCCCUGAUCAGUUGUUGACGAUACCUAUGGCCUAUCCGAAUACCGAAGCCUUACCAGUCACGAAUUAUAGUCUUGAAAUCUAUACGUUCUUCACGAUUGAUAUCAAGAAAGGCUCCGUAGCGCAUUUUGUAAUGUACAACUUUGAUCGAAUAAAUCUCACGCAUGGUGUGGCAUUGUGCGGUACAACCAUGAUGAUAAUGUCAUUGCAAAAGCAGGUGAUUAUUCACAUGCUCCAUGUGGACGAAUUCGGUGCGAUGAUACCCUUGAAAGAUAUCGGCGCAUCGAUAUGGGAUGAUGAUGGGCUCUAUCUUUUUGGCGAUUGUCAAGCAACGCCGACACGAACAUCACUUUAUACUGGUUUGAAGCAACGGCUGCUUACGUUUCUCUAUAAAGAAGCCAAAAGAGAAGGCAAUGUGGAGGAGUUUCUGCGUCUCACACCAUCUUAUGUGGAGAAGUUGCGAAUGCAUCGUGCCCAACUCUUUGAUGGUCAUUAUCUGCUCGUCAGGAUGUUGCCACAUACUUCCAUACGGUACGAUAUUGCUCUAAUGCCAUGCUUUUUGUUCAUAUUGGACUGGAGAGAUUGCGAGAUUUUGGCGGUCUACCAAGAGUAUGGACCUGAAUUAUUGGCUUUUUAUGAGAAUUUCGUCGAAGUUUUGCUGACUCCAACGCAGAAUCCGCAUCGAUAUCCGAAAUCAUUCCAAUACAAUCCACAUUCGAAGCAGAAAGCACAUUGGUUGAUGGGGAAUAGUUCAGGAAUGAUGAAUUUGUUUUCAGCCAUGUCUGAAGGAAUGUAUCGAAGGGUUCUAUCUGUUCUCCCAUUUUGCGGCUGUCAUUUAACUUUUAGCAUUCAUCAUCAGAAAAUCCAUUACCUUGAUCCGCUCUACUUUUCGAUCGAUGAGAAAGUUCAUUCGAAUCUGAUGUAUGGCCGAAUGCGAUUUGAUCUGGGGCCAGUGAACAAGAUGAGAACCACAGCAACGGUUCGUGAGAUGCAUGUGGCGUUGGUAGGAAUGACGGGAUCAGGGAAGUCUGCUAUUGCCGUCAAAUACAUCACGAAACGAUUCAUUGGAGAAUACGAUUCAGGUUUAGGUGAGUCUGUUCUUCAUCUGCUUCGUUGA